CCUCCCGGUGCAAAGUUUUGAUUGCAAAAUGUUAAAAAUUCCCAAGAUGAUAGGAUCCGACCUACGACUUCUUCAAGUUCAUCACAAUCACAAUGCCUCGAAAUAGUGGAACACAUGUCAGUCUCUCCGGGAUAUAUGGUACCAAAAGCGGUUAAUCUCAAUAUGUCCGACUCGGAGGACUCCCAAUCUCCUCGAGAAGCUUCAGAAAUAUGCAUGUGCACGGGACCAAAUUCCGGCCUAAACGGCUAUAAAGCAACGAUAACAUCGAUAUCCUAUUACCCUAGCCAUUCCCAAAGAGCCCCUGUCGGGGCCAGUCGUCGAGUCUUCAAUUUGGUGAUAUUACCGUCCGAGUCGCACCGCGCCCUGUAUUGUAACCCGAGCCUGACGUUGGCAUAUAUAAAGACGUGCGGACACUUUAAUUUACCCUGAGCCAUCCUUUCAAUCCUUCAUGUCUGCCAUCGACUACCCAGCCCUCCCUCCAGAAAUCAUUGAUGCUAUCAUCGACCAGGUGCAUCUCCUUGGUCCCGUGUCCCGCGUAAAAGACCAGGAAAGAUAUCACGAGCGGAGGGAUACUUUGGGAGCCUGCUCUCUUGCCUCCAGAUCUUGGCUUGCCCGUAGCCGCUUCUAUCUUUUCGAGACUGUUUUCCUCCCCCCAAAUGAUUUCCCCCGAUGCAAUGCCUUUGCCGCUAUGUUGACCCACCCACUGUGUACAAUCACAUCCUACGUCCGGACCCUCGUCAUCCGCGAAGCAUACAGUCUAAGCGGCCUGGGCACGUUAUGGCUCAACGACGCUUUACCCCAACUCUCACUCCUCACUAACGUCAAAACGCUCUCAAUCACCGGCGCGCGCUUCGAUAGAAUGCGCCCGGACACCUGGUCCGAGUCGGGCAUUCCGUUCUUCGCGCACAUGAAGAGCAUGAAGCAGCUCCAGCUCUUGUCGUGCCAGUUCCGGACCCCAGAUCAGUGCCUUGAUGUGCUGUCGGUGUGUGAUUGCCUUGAGGAGCUCACCCUGCGCCGCACGUCGCUGGAUAUGGACUUGCUUUUGGGACUGCACAUCCGUUUGAGCCCGCUACCCGUGCCUCCGCCCCGUCUUACCAAACUCAGACUUGACAGUCAUCGUUUGGGAAACUAUGAUGCUGUUUUAAGGUGGCUAGCGUCGACCCCGAUCAUAACAGACCUUGUUCUUGAACGUAUUACCGACACCGAAACGCUCGCUGUUGCAGAUUUCGUGGAGAAGUUAGGUCCUUCCCUCGAGGUGCUAGAUCUGAAUGUUGUUGAUAUCAACGAAGAAACGGCUACACAAGAUGCUUUCUGUCGAUAUAUCAACCUGAGCCACAACACACGUCUGCGUUCCCUCGCAUUCGAUCAACUUAUUCUAGCCGAGCCUUACCAGGCCCGUCUCACCGCAGCAAAACAUUUACCAGAGAUUAUCGGCCAAGUUUCAUCAGAGAUCAAAGAACUCGCCCUACGUGUGCAGAUUAACAGCACAGAUGACCUUGAUCUCAUCGAUUGGGAUAUUAUCAUCUACACCAUCAAUUCCAAGCGCAAUUGGGAAUCGUUGGAGAGCAUUGUGGUUUCCGGUCCGAGGAAAGAGAUUCUGGCAGAGUCAGAACAUUGGAUGAAGAAGAGGCUGCAGGGGUUGAAAGGGAAAGUCAACGUGACGUGCACCCUUCUCCCUACCGUCAUGGUCAUGGCGGCGUAGAUUGUGCUAAUUAUGUAUUUUAUACACGAAUAUAAUAUAUUAUAUUGACACUCACCAUUUAGAAAAAGCUCGCCACGA